AUGCCGCCGCCUCCGCUGUUCCUUCCGUUCUGCACUUGGCAUUACAACCAACAGAACAGAUACCUGUUAGCCCGAAAAUCUAGAGUAAUUGAUUGGCAGACAGCUUGGGCGACGACACAUGAACGCUCCCUGGCUAUUACGCCACAUGGCAGGGGCAAGACAGCAUGCUGGAUAGACCAAAGGUGGGCAAUAGCUGCAGAACCAAGUGAAAAUGAGGAUGUAGCUUCAACGCCUGUGUACGUUGCUUUACCUAUCUUGUCCAAGUCCCUGGAGUUCGUGCGUCGGCCGGGCUGUGCAACACAACGUGGGCAGGUACGGCGGGCUGCAUCAGAGGUUUAUGCACCGAAGCUCCGUCUCCAUUUCUCGCCAGUCCCCCUAAACCACAUGGUCUCACCUUGGCCACCGCCGCCAAUCGCCUCCUCUUUGCUGCUCCUCUUUCGCCAACCAGCCGACAUCCUCUCACCGAGCUUGAUGCGCGAAUAA